AUGUCAUCAAUCAAUGAGGAGGAUCGCGAGCAGACGAAGCGGAGCAAGUUAAUUGAUCGGACGUUGGAGGAUGAUGCGCGGCGGUUGAAGAGGGAGUGUAAGAUUUUGUUGUUAGGCUCCGGCGAAUCCGGCAAAUCCACCAUCGUCAAACAAAUGAAAAUCAUCCACCAAGGCGGCUACCGCCCGGACGAACUGGUCAUGUACCGGCUCACGAUCUACAAGAACGUCGUCGACUGCGCCAAAGCGCUCAUCGGCGGCAUGCGGCAGUUCAACAUCCGCCCGGCCAACCCAGAUAACGUGGAGUUCGCGGACUAUUUGAUGGAGUAUGCGGUGGAUCCGGAUCCGGAUCGGCCGCUGGAUAAGAAGGUGGGGAGAGCGGUGGAGAGUUUGUGGGGGGAUGGGCGGAUGGGGGAGGUAAUGGAUCAUUCGAGCGAGUUUUAUUUGAUGGAUAGUGCGCCGUACUUCUUCGAGGAGGUCCAUCGCAUCUGCUCGCCGGAAUACAUCCCCACCGAAUCCGACGUCCUGCGCGCGCGAACGAAGACGACGGGAAUCUACGAGACGCGGUUUAGCAUGGGCCAGUUGAGUAUCCACAUGUUCGACGUCGGCGGACAACGCAGCGAGCGCAAAAAAUGGAUCCAUUGCUUCGAGAACGUCACGUCCAUCAUCUUCUGCGUGGCGUUGAGCGAGUACGAUCAGGUGCUAUUAGAGGAAAGCAGCCAGAACCGCAUGAUGGAAUCCCUCGUUCUCUUCGACUCCGUCGUCAACUCCCGUUGGUUCAUGCGUACCUCCAUCAUCCUCUUCCUCAACAAAGUCGACCUCUUCAAACAGAAGCUCGCCAAGAACCCGCUCGGUAACUACUUCGCCGACUACUCUGGCGGCACCGACGUCAACCGUGCCGCAAAAUAUCUUUUGUGGCGCUUCAACCAGGUGAAUCGGGCGCAUUUGAAUCUAUAUCCGCAUCUGACGCAGGCGACGGAUACGAGUAAUAUAAGGUUGGUAUUCGCAGCGGUGAAGGAGACGAUUUUGCAGAAUGCGUUGAAGGAUUCAGGGAUUUUGUGA